GAAAAAAAAAAAAAACGAAAUUUGCGCUAAUUAAACCCUGCAUCUCCGUAUAAAAACCCCAGAAACUUCUGCUUCUUGUCUGGUCGAGUCACCCCUUUCAUCAUCGAGUAGAUACGGUCUACAGACAUCAGAUUCUCUCUUUUCCAACUGAAACCUGCAAAAGGCCUUCGUUAGGGUUUUACUUUCUCUGUAACUAUGGCCUCUGAUGCUAACGACGCUCUUGCAGUGAGACAGAAAGUUCAACAGUUUCUUACUGCUGCUUGUACUGGGAAUCUUGAUCUUCUUAAGAGAGUAGCAGCACAGCUUGAUGAUGGGAAAGGAAUGGCAAAAACAGUGGCCGAUAUUAAAGAUGCUAACAAACGAGGGGCGCUUCAUUUUGCAGCCAGGGAAGGAAAAACUGAGAUAUGCAAAUACUUACUGGAGGAUUUGAAGCUUGACGUGGAUACAAAGGAUGAUGAUGGUGAGACUCCUCUUCUGCAUGCUGCUAGACAAGGACAUACUGCAACUGCAAAAUACCUUAUUGAGCAUGGUGCCAAUCCUGCUACACCAAGUGAUUUGGGUGCCACUGUUUUGCAUCAUUCUGCAGGGAUAGGAAAUAUUGAGUUACUAAAGUAUUUACUCUCCAAGGAUGUUGAGGUUGAUUCGCAGAGUGAUGCUGGCACUCCACUGAUUUGGGCUGCUGGCCAUGCUCAGCAUGAUGCUUUGAAAGUUUUGUUAGAGCACAAUGCUAAUCCUAAUGCUGAAACUGAAGACAGUGUAACUCCAGUGUUGUCAGCUGUUGCUGCUGAUUCAUUAGCAUGUUUAGAAUCUUUAACUCAGGCAGGUGCUAAUGUGAAUGUUACUGCUGGUGGGGCCACCCCAUUGCACGUUGCUGCUGAUAUUGGAAACCCUGAAAUCUUGAACUGUUUGCUCAAAGCUGGGGCUGAUCCGAAUGUCACCGAUGAGGAUGGACAAAAGCCAAUACAGGUUGCAGCAGCAAGAGGUAAUCGUGCAGUUGUUGAUAUCCUUUUUCCCUUGACAUCAAAGAUUCACACCAUCCAGGAAUGGACUGUUGAUGGAAUUCUUCAAGGCAUGCAGUGUGAAACUAACAAAGGACAGGAAGAAAUGAGGAAUCUGAGGGAAGAAGUUGCUACAGAGGGCAAUGCAGUACCCAAGAAGGAUCUUCCUGAGCUUGUGCAGGUGACGCCUGAAGUGAAAAGGAGAGCUGCAGAAGCAAAAUCAAGAGGAGAUGAUGCCUUCAGAAGAAAGGAUUUUCGCAUGGCUGUUGAUGCUUAUACACAAGCAAUUGAUCUAGACCGUAGUGACGCCACUUUGCUUUCAAAUAGAAGCCUUUGUUGGUUACGCUUGGGGCAACCUGAUCAUGCAUUAGCUGAUGCAAAGGCCUGCAGAGAAUUAAGACCAGAUUGGCCAAAAGCUUGUUAUCGGGAAGGUGCAGCUCUGCGAUUGUUGCAGAGGUUUGAAGAGGCAGCAAAUUCAUUCUAUGAGGGUGUGAAACUUGAUCCUGAAAAUAAGGAGCUUGUGGCUGCAUUUAGGGAAGCAGUUGAUGCUGGGAGAAAGUUUUAUGGUAUAGGACAGAAUCAGUCGUAAUAUCUUCAGUACUGUGUCAGUGAGGACGGGGACGAAAUAGUUGUGGACAACUGCUUUACCAUCCCUCUCCCUUUCUCUUCUCUUCUUUCUUUAUAAACUUGUAAGAAACUGGAAGCUCGUAUUUAUUUUAGUUGCCUUAAAACCUUAGUGGAAAGGAAAAGGAAAAAGAAGAGAAAUGAUAGUUGAUCAUACGUGUAAGCUAAUAUAGCAGGAAAGCAUUUACAUGUUGAUUGUGUUAUCACAGUUUUUGUUUUACAAAUUGAUGGAAUUUUGGUAGAUUUUUGUGAUAAUUAUAUUUCUACCCUUUCUUUUU